AUGUCGUCUCACCACCAAGACCAGCAGCAGCAUACGAAGCAGCAGCAGCAGCAGCAGCAGCAGCAGCAGCAGCAGCAGCAGCAGCAGCAGCAGCAGCAGCAGCAGCGGGGCAGGGGUUUGCCGUUUUUGUUUAAAGUGUUGUCUGUGUCUUCUCCGCUGUCUCUCCAGUGCCACCCGGACGCUUCUUUAGCAGCAAAACUGUAUCAGCAGCAGCAGCAGCAGCAGCAGCAGCAGCAGCAGCAGCAGCAGGAGUUUCCCGACAGCAGCCACAAACCCGAACUUGCAAUUGCUGCUGCUGCUGAUUUUGCUGCUCUCGCGGGCUUCCGAGCAGCAGCAGCAAUUGGCCAGCUGCUGCAGCAGAACCAGCAGCUGCAGCAGGCCUUGGGGGACCACUUCAUGGCCUCGCAAGAAGCAAAACUGCUGCUGCACUUGGCGCAGCAGCAGCAGCAGCAGCAGCAGCAGCAGCAGCAGCGGCAGCAGCAGCAGCAGCAGCAGGAUGAAGAGGAGGGAAGGUUGGUGAAGGCUGCCUUUGCUGCGCUGCUGCGGGCCGACGCGCACCACCAGCAGCUGCAGCAGCAGCAGCAGCAGCAGCGGCAGCAGCAGCAGCAGCAGGCCCUCAGGGCCCUCCACGAACGCCUAAAGAAAAACCCCCCGCCCCACCCCCAGCAGCAGCAGCAGCAGCAGCAGCAGCAGCAGCAGCAGCAGCAGCAGCAGCAGCAGCAGCAGCAGCAGCAGCAGGAAGCGGACUGGGUGGCGCUGCUGCUGCUCUCGCACUACCCAAAUGACGUGGGCUGUUUUGCUGCUUACUUUUUAAAUUUAAUUUUUUUAAAAGAAGGAGAAGCAAUUUUCAUUCCCCCCAACUACAUGCACUGCUACUUGCAAG